AUGAAAAGAUUAACAAGAACUUUAAUUAGAAAUAAUUUGAUUGGUAGUACCAGACAUUUCAACUGUGGAGUUGGUCUUACUGGUGGUGUUGGACAUCUUAGUCGCACACCUAUUAGAAGCUACUAUUUUACAACCAGCACUUCUAGAUUACAAGAUAACCAUAGCAGCAAUAAUAAUGAAUAUCAAAGCUUAGUAUUUGAUCAACAACAACAGAAGAGAUCAUCAUCUACAUCUUCCUCGAAUACCUCUCCACCAUCAUCUUCAUCAACACCAACAACAGGCACACCAUUAAUUUUUGAAUUGGAUAUGUCGAAUUUUGAAAAUAUAGUUACAAAAUCUAAACAACCUGUUGUCUUGGUUUGUUAUGCAGAUUGGAACUCACCUAGCAAACAAUUGGUUGCUGCACUUGAAGAUCAUGCAAGAAAGAAUGCUGGUUCAUUGGUUAUUGGAAAGUUAAAUGUAGACAACAAUCGUGAUAUUGCACAAUCGUUACAGGUACAAAGUUUACCAUCUGUAUUUUCAUUGUAUGGUGGAAAAGUAUUGGAACACUUUGCUACCAUGCCAACUAAAGAAGUACUAGACAAAUUCAUUGAUAACUUGUUGCUCAACGACGAGUCGAAUUCAUCUAGAAAGAUAAUAGAUACGGCAGAAAGUUUAUUCAACUCUGGUCAAUAUAAACAGGCAUUGGAAGUCUAUCAAAGUUUGAUUCAUCUACAAGGUUGUGAAACAAUUGGUUUAAGAGGUUUAAUAAAUUGUGCAAUCAAAGAGAAUAAUAUUAUUAUGUUGAAAGAGUUGAUUGAGUAUACUGGUAGUUCUGAUAAAUUCAAAUCAGAGAUGAAUACACCAUUGUUGAUCCAAGCACAAAGAGUCGUUGAACUAUCAUCAGAGAUGACCAACAACCAAGAUGGUGAAACAGUGGAGAGCUUGGUCGAGAAACUGAAACAAGAUCCAAACGAUCUUGACACAAAAUACAAGCUGUCGCUUCUCUAUUUCCAAAAUGAAAAGACAGAGUUGGCGAUGCAACAACUUUUGGACAUUAUCAAAAUCGACAAGCAUUAUAACGAAGACCAAGCAAAGAAUUUAUUAUUUAAAAUAUUUGAUUCAAUGCCCUCUGAUCCACUCGUAUUAAAAUAUAGACAGAGAUUCUCAAAUAUUUGGUUCCUUUAA